CUCGCACUGGAGUCCAGGGGCCGGGGGCGGACUGGCCAGUGGGGCAACGAGUGUCCGGUGAAAAAGCCCUGUCUCUGGAGGCGAGCGGAGGGCUCCGCUUCGGCCCGGAGCGAGAGUCUCGGGGAGCGUCUGCGGAUCCUAACCCACAGGUUCUGGAGACGAAAACCAGAGAUGGACCUUAUGAGACUUGCCUGGCUCUUCCGUGGCCCCCAGCCCAUGGGACUGUCAGCACUGCGAUGCCUUGACCCUUGCAGAGCCAAGUGGGGAGCAGGAGGCAGUGAGGGGCCUCCACGGCUGAGGGCCACAGGACUGGCUCAGCUAGUGCCAGCAACCUUCAGCAGAUCCCUCUCUCGGCUGCCCUUUGGUCUGGGGAGCCAGAAGAACAUUAGCAGCCUCAGCUCUGACCCCAGCCAGCCCACUCCCAAGGCCAGCCAGGAGGAAGAGGAAGAGGAGGAGAGCUUUGGGAUGCUCUCUGACAAAUACUCCUCCCGGAGAAUGUUCCGCAAAUCAACAGCCCAGUUAUAUAACUUACGGCUCAGGGAACAGAGUGGUGAAGAUGAACAAAAGGAACUAGAUCCCAAAUCCUGGAGGGGCCAGAGAAACACUCCUUAUUGGUACUUCUUUCAGUGCAAACACCUGAUCAAGGAAGGAAAGCUUGCUGAGGCCCUGGACCUGUUUGAGAGGCAGAUGCUGAAGGAGGAGCGGCUGCAGCCCUUGGAGUGCAACUACACAGUGCUGAUCGGGGGCUGCGGGCGGGCCGGCUACCUGAAGAAGGCCUUCAGGCUCUACAACGACAUGAAGAAGCGGGACCUGGAGCCCUCAGAUGCCACAUACACAGCCCUGUUCAAUGUCUGUGCUGAGUCCCCCUGGAAGGACUCUGCUCUGCAGAGUGCCCUGAAACUACGGUGGCAGCUCCGGGAGAGAAACUUCCAGCUCAACCUGAAAACAUACCACGCCCUGCUGAAGGUGGCUGCCAUGUGCGCAGACCUCAGGAUGUGCCUCGAUGUCUUCAAGGAAAUAGUCCACAGGGGGCAUGCAGUGACAGAGGAGACCUUCAGCUUCCUGCUCAUGGGCUGCAUCCAGGACAAGAAGACGGGUUUCCGAUACGCCUUGCAGGUGUGGAGGAAGAUGCUGAGUCUAGGGCUGAAGCCAAGCCGGCAUGGCUACAACCUGCUAUUGGGAGCAGCUCGGGACUGUGGCCUAGGGGACCCAGAGGUGGCCUCAGCAUUGCUGCUGAAGCCUAAGGAAGAGACAGUCCUGCUGCAGCCCCCAGGAGUGCAGCAGGCCAGGACGAGAGCCCCAGCUGGGGUGGGCAAUAGUCUGGCAGCCAGGUUGCACGUGGAGGCCCUGGAGAAGCAGCUGUUUCUACAACCUUCUCUGGCAUUUGAAGAACCUCUAGAAUCUCAGGAAGCCAGAGCUUCCAGCAACGCCCCACCUGUGGCAGAAUUCAAGGUGGAGCCUGACCAAAGGGGCGCCCUCACCUCUGUGGCCCUGGAGCCACCUCCCUGGGGACUGAAGGUCAACCUCCUGACUGUCGAGGCGGUCUCCCCAGCUGUAGUUUCCUUUGGGACUGUGACCAGUCCAGCAGACAGACUGGCCUUAAUGGGGGGCCUGGAGGGCUUUCUGGACAAGAUGGCAGAGGAUGGGUUGCAGCCUGACAUCAAAACCCUCACUCUGCUGGCUGAAGUUGUGGCACCUGGGAGCGCCGCAGAAUCUUCGCUGCUGACCAUCCUGGACACGCACCAGGUGGAGGCUGAUGUGACAUUCUUCAACACGCUGAUGAGGAAGAAGAGCAAGCUGGGUGAUCUGGAGGGGGCAAAGGCGCUGCUGCCAGUUCUGGCAAGAAGGGGUAUCGUCCCCAACCUGCAGACAUUCUGUAACCUGGCCAUUGGGUGCCAAAGGCCAGGUGACGGUCUGCAGCUGCUUACAGACAUGAAGAAGUGCCAGAUGACCCCCAAUGUCCACAUCUAUAGCACCCUCAUCAAUGCAGCCCUCAAGAAGCUUGACUACGUCUAUCUCAUCAACAUCUUGAAGGACAUGAGGCAAAACCAAGUCCCAGUGAACGAAGUGAUCAUUCGCCAGCUGGAAUUCGCAGCCCAGUACCCCCCCACCUUUGACCGGUACAAAGGAAAAAACACCUACUUGGAGAAGAUUGAUGGCUUCCGUGCUUAUUAUAAGCAGUGGCUGAAAGUGAUGCCAGCAGAGGAAACCCCCCACCCAUGGCAGAAGUUCAAGAUCAAACCCAAGGACCAAGACACCAUCAGUGAGGCUGACACAGAUGGAGGCCUUGGGGGCAGGUGAUCAGAGGCCCAGGGACCUCCAGCAGGGGUAGAAUAACGUGCAUGGCCCUCAACAUGCCUUGAAGGAACUCCAGGAGUCCCUUUCAUGUUAAACACACAUGUAUGUGUUGUGGCCUCAGGCCUGAGAGAAAGCUCUAGUUCAAGAGUUAAGAGCUACAGCAUUUGGCCGACCCUGGUGUGAAGACAAAUGCUGGGCCCAGGGUGCCUGACAAGUUCGCUCACGCUCUGGCCCACCAUUUCAGGCCAGCCUUGCCCGAUAGGAUGUCAUCCUCACGGCUUAUGAGUGAACUUAGCUCAUGGUCACACAGCACCUCUGAGGUGGC